AUGCCGCCAAGAAAAAAAGAACUCCUCAAACCCAAACCAAAAGGCAAGCUCAAGGCCUCUGAGCCACAAUCCGAAAACGACUUCCUCGAAGCCGCCGAUGACCAUGAACAAGCCGCCGGCAAAUGGCGAGCCGGCGACGCAGCCAAAGCCACGAGAUUCUUCAACCGGGCCAUCGACAUGUACAACGCAGGCUUGAAACAGUUCCCCCAAUCUUUUGAUCUCGCAUACAACAAGGCCAAUCUCGAAUUCAACCUCACAGAAGAUGAACGCAUAGUACCCCACCUGGGCAACAGAGCAAGACUCUUGGAGGAAACACUGCAAUCUCACCGUUUUGCAAUGUCCCUGAACCCAAACAACAUGGACAUUCUCUUCAACACAGCGCAGGUCCUUACCGCACUAGCUGAAGCGCAUUUGGAAGCCGGUUCUACCACUGCAGCCGACAAGUCACAGGCACGGCCGCUGCUUGAAGAGGCCGUGCAAAUCUUUACGAAUUGUUUGGAGAAGCAGCAGCAGGAGUAUGCGCAGAUGCAAGACCAGAUUGCAAAGGCACAGGCGUCGGGUGAGUAUAGAGAGGCCUGGGAGGGCGAGAGACAGGAGCUGCCAAAAGAGGAUGAUAUGGAUGAUGCUUCAUCUGCAUCAGAAGGACCGGGAGAUUGGGCGACGGUGGAAGAACCACUCACGCCCGAGAGCAUACUCGAGACUUGCACUGCGCAUCUCAAUGCCCUGACUACGUUGCUCGGGCUCUAUGAUCCCAACACCGAUCUACCGAGCAUGGAGAAGAAGGCCCAAGAUGGUCUCGAGACCGCAAACAACCGCAUCCCAGCCUUACUCGACCUAAUAUCCAGAUCCCCAGCUCCAGCAGCCCCCCAAGAACCAAAAGCCGGUCCCACACUCUCCAUCAGCUCGACUGCCGCCCCGGAAGAAUCCUCCACUACACCCCAGGACGACGCCCUUCUCGCAGCCGCCAGCUUCCAAGCCAGCAUGGCCGAAGUCGCAUAUCGCAGCGGCAGAAGCACACCCAGUGCGUACGCAGAAACCGUGGAACGCAUAUUCAACAGCCUGGGUAGCACUACUUCCACCACCACCGUUCCCACUCUCGCAGCACUCAACAUCCAAUCCGCCUACGCCGACUCCCUCAUCGACCUCGCCUCCUCCCUCUCCUCCCCUUCCCACCCCAACCCCACUACCACCACCACCCAAUGGACCGCACUAACCCAAGCCCAAACCCUCCUAACAACACUAUCGUCCCCCCCACACUCCACCCUCCUCCCACCCUCCCGUCUCGCAUCCAUCUUCCUCGCCCGCGGCGACAUCGACCUAUCCCGCCUCCGCCUCUCGCACAGCCCUGACGCGAAUCCAGCUUGGGUCAAGAACCGCCCGGUCUUGCUAGCUAACGCGGGUGUGUUUUACCGUGGAGGGAGGAGCUAUGCGGAGCGUGCUGGGGCGCGUGAGGUGCAGCGGUUGGCGGAUGCAAAGGCGGUGGUUGUGCGGGUUUUGAAGGAGGGGGGUGUGGGAGGCGGGGCGCUGGGGAGCGGGAUGAGGGGGGAGGUGGAGAGGGUUUUGGGGCAGAUGGUUGAGGAGGGGGUGGUUGGGUUGGAGGAUGGGGAGGGGGUUUUGGGGGCUUUGCGGUAG